AGAAUUUGAAUCGCAGCUAUUACAUACAGCAUUCAAGAGCUACGUCACAAUGAUAAAAUCUGCACAGAAGAAGAGGAAAUCGGAUGUUUUCCUCGAAGCGAACUCUACACAACCCCUGAAAAAGGAACGUCCAUGGUACGACGCAGAGGUUCAGUCUGGUGUGAAAGAAGCUCCUGAAAAGAGUAGGCGGAAGAGCAUUGUUGGACUAGGCAAAGGAUUACUUAAGAAGAUGAGGAGCUCUUCAGCACUGAAGGAUCGCAAUAACAAAGACAGCUCAAUAUGUGCUAUGUCGUCUAGCACUAGUACUUUGCCUGUGUUCAAACAUCCUUGUCUUAACAUCAGGCUGGAUCCAAUGCCAGAAGAUCAGAUUUCAUAUAAGAGUGAUUCAAGUGCAUUAUCGUCGGACACCAGUUUACCUCCUUCUUUCCAUCGUAAUAAGGAACUCAUUCGUUUGGUUGGAGAGAUACCUAAGGACGCACAAGGUUGGGGAGAAAAUGUUUCAUUCACAUCAGAAUCGGUCUCAGAGGAUGGUGCUCCAAGUACGGGUAGUGUUGCUUCGCUUUGCACCCCAGCCAGAGAUUUUAGACGUGAAAAGAAGCGCGGAAGUGCUCGCAGUAUGCCUCCUGAAUCCGAGCUUAUUCGUGGACUGUGCAACAGUGCUAUCCGUCGCACGCACUCGUCAGUCUCAGACACCGUUGCAAGCCCUCAGCACUUUGCUCGCGAUAGAUCUAUGAGGUUGAGAGAGAAACUAUUACUAAGUGCAAGCAUGGCCGAACUUCCUGAGGAAGAGGUUGCUCCUGUUGCUACCUCCAACGAAAUCAAUGAUGCUGCUACACCUGUGCAUGCUUCAGAAACUUCUAGUCGUAGAAGCAGUUUUGUAUGGUCUACACUUCGUUCCAAGUCGAGAAUAUUUGGUUCGAAAAAACGUGAUAGUAUAUCGACCCCUCUUUCUGUCAGCACGAUGGAACCAGCAGCCGAUGAAGAAAAAGUUACGCCAUCAGGUAGACCACUGCGAAGAUGUUCGGCCAGUUCGUCAAGUGUACACAAACGAGUUUCGUCUGCUCUGAAGAAAGGAUUUGGAAUACGUGGCUCAAACAGCAAUUUGGCUUCUGAUCUCCCUACAAGAACGCCAGCUGGGAUUCUCAAGCGCUCAUCAACUACAUCGAAGGACCGCUGUCGAAAAUCAUCCAACUUUACGCGGCGUUGCAGCGAUGUGUCCAGUGUUCUCGAGCGUCAGGUACGAAUUGAUCAAAAAAGAAAAGAAGCUGAAGAAGCUGAACUGUAUUUGGAAAAGGUGUUGAUCUCUGAACGACCAGCUUUGGAAGUUCUAUAUGAAGAUGAUUACGACGCUGUAGUCGUUGAUGUCGGUGCGACAGGCCUUCCUAUUUCCGCCACUGCUAAAGCGAUUCUCUUUGGUAAAAAUGCAGCUGAGCUACACAAAAUCUGCAUGUCUAAUCCUUACAAAAAUGGUAUUCUUCCAACUCCGAAAGGAAUGCCAGACAUUAUCUAUAUCGCAAGUGACACGAAUGAUGCGCCCGACAAGCGCGUGAGGAUAGGAAUGGCCACAGGAAUGCGGGAAGCGUUUGAGAAAAAUGGUCAACUCAAAAAAGUGCUAGCAUAUCCUUUCUGCGUGCCCGAAGAUCCCGAACUCGCGGAUUUCGUUAUCUACCAGUUUUUGCUUACAUCCUAUAAAGCGCUUACUUGGACUCCAAAAGUAAAGAAUUUUGAUGGUACGAUCACAUUGGCUGGUGUUACUUUCGAAAACUGCAUCCGAAUGCGAAGACUUCACGAGAAACUGGUAGCCGCUGAAGUGAGGCCCAGGAUACAGGCUUACGCAUCUUUGCCAUGUUCUACAAAUGAGCUCAACGAAGGUGGCAAGUAGAAUGAUCGUGAGGUUCUUGACAUUUUGUAAGGAAGUUUAAUCUAUCAGUCACUUCAUCCGCUCCAGUUGACAAAGUUCUAUUCUUUUCACGUAAUACUUUGUCGCUACUUACAGCCUCCAAGACAAUUAUUUCACAUAAGUUCUUUGUUUACUGUGCACAUGUUGAAAACACUUCUGUACUAAACUUUGUUCUUCCAUGUCUUUGUACUGAGUUGAGAUGUUGAAGCUUUUAGCUGUACUUUCAUUGUUAUCUUAUUCCUGCAUGCUUAAAAGGCUCUUCGCAUCUUGUAAUUCAAGUAGCAUAACAUCUGAUAUCUUGCGCGCACUCUUGAAAAAUCUUAACUUCAAGUUUUGUCGACUUUCUGUGUUAACGUUAUGAUAUACCACUGCUUUAGUUUACAAGAUUGUGCCUAUCUAUUGCAUAAUAUCUCUCUUACUUAACAAAAAUUUGUCCUUUG